CAACACCAGAAACAGACCUCUUCUCAACUCAUACAUUUUCUAAGAAUAAGUAGAAAAAUGGAACAGUUGAGUUUCGCAGGCUUUGAGGAAGGGGCGUUUGUGUUAACGCAACAAUUGAAAAGCAGAACUGUAACAAAUAGGGAUCCGGAGUUCAUACAAUUACCAAGUAUACACGAGAAGCCGAUGGUUUCUGAGACGGACUAUUCUGUACCCGUCUUCAAAGUAAAAAACAUCAGCGCAGGGUCUGUGACCUACAGAUGUAUGAUUUUUACAAACUCUGAGUUGUGGGAUAUUGGGGAUAUUUCCACAGAGGUGGAAAAUUCCUUGCAAGUUUCAGUAGCCGAUGAACGUUUGUCUUUUGCUGACCACGAUGACUCCCGUAUCCUGAAUCCAUUUACUCCGAGCUUCUGUAUUUCAUGCAAUGAAUCAAUGACUUCAGAACAAAUGAAGCACCAGUGUGGCAUGGAAGCGGUGACCAACAGGUCAAUGGAUGGACAAGAGGCAGCAGUAAGAAUACCUGAAUUUAAGAUUAAGAAAUUUGAAGAGAUGCCUGUUGUUGUCACCCAUGUUGUCAGCCCAGGGAACUUCUGUAUCCAGCAUAAGGAAAACAACCUACAGGAACUGUCUGAUAUUAUGGCAAAGAAAAACAAUAGGUCCUAUGCUGAAAUAAACUGCAUCCCAGAUAUCGGCGCUUACGUAAUGGGAUGGAGCACUGAGCAAGAGUUGUGGUGCCGUGCCCAGGUGACCAAGAUAUGUGGAAUGAAGAAGGGAAGUAGUCCCUUGUCCAGCAGACAUGAAGGCAUGAAAAACAUUGGAGUGGAGAUCAGGAGAAUUGACUAUGGAGAUUCUACUUGCCUUUCACUUUGGAAUAUCAAGGAGCUUUGUGGAGAAGUUGCUAAAAUACCAGCACAAGCGCUACAAGUCUGUCUAGCGGAUGUGAAACCAGUGAAUGGUGAGAGCUGGUCCACUGAAGCAGUCAGUUGGUUUAAAGACACCGUGAAUAAGAGGACACUGUAUGCUAGGUUCUAUCCAGAGGGAAGCAGAGUUCUCGUGGAGCUCUUUAUGGAGAAGGGGAAAAUUGGUGCUAUGAGGAGAAGUUCUUGUCUGUCUUUGAGACUGGCUCAAAAUGGUCAUGCCAGGCAUGAGCGAAAGAGCAGCAUGCAUCUGAAAAGAAGUUACGCCCACGAGCAAUCAAGAAAACGCUCAGCGGAAUGGGAGAAGUAUCUGAUUUCCUGUUACGCUCAGAACAGAAAGUGACACAUCUUGUGAUAUAAGGACGACAGUUAAGACAUUCUUGCUUUUCAUCAGUGAAUAACUUGUUACAGGUUUGUAAGAGAAAUUGACGUUUAACUCGACGAAGAGCCUGAAGGUUGUUCCUUGUCUUUUACUUUUAAAGAUGUUUAUUCUCUUAAUACAUUAGAUUUUUUUUUUUUUUUGUCAGUGUUCCCAUCAAUUAAUACUGUUGAGUUGUAAUACUUCUAUUACGUCGGGCAUGUGGUAAUGCCAAAGGCUUUUGACGGCCUGGUUCGACUCGUUUGUGAUCACAGAGAAUGUUUUAACUGACAGAAACGAGUGCGUUUGGACAUUGCAAAUUGUAUGUGUAGAAAUGGUUAUUUAACCAGAACGAUGUUCGCGGCAGAUUGGUCGUAGUGCUGUGUGUUUGUGUUAGUGUUUUGUGUAUGAUUCUGAUUUGUGUUCGUAAUUUUCUGCAAAUUAAAACAAUGGCUUAAAACACGCACAUUAAAAUGACACUUUUUUUUUUUUCCUUGCAAAUGUUAAAUCCAUUUUGUUUUCUUUACUCAGUUGAACAAAUCAAGACCUUACUGUAACCGAGCCAGCCGGGUAUCAUGCUGCUGUUAGAAUAACCUUAAACUGAAGAUCAGCCCAAAGUCAUCUUGCUAAUUUUAUUAAUCCUGCAUAUGUAAUCUAUAGAACUCAAAUACUUUGGUAUUUUAAAAUGAUCCUAAAUGCUAAGGUUCCAGUAAAGGGAAAUCAUUAAGCUACAGAAUACAAAGACAUUUUAGUUAAUUGUGUUUUUGCAAAUGUUGUGUCAACAGUUUGGGGAAUAUGGCCCACAUAUGGGUCUGAUGAUUAGGUGUCCACAUAUAUUUGGCCUUAUAGAGUAUGUUUCCUCAGUGGCAUGUGUCGCGACAUCCUUUUUACGAGUCAGAGUGCUCAUGGGUAUUUGUGGCUAUGGCAUU